GCUUCACCUCGCGACCCAAACCAGACCUCGCGCUUGACUUACUUCUGCGCAAUUGUUGCUGGCCUACAGCUCGUAAUCGCAAAAAUGGUUUACGACUGGGAGAAUAAAGAGGAGAUAUGCUAUCGCAUGUAUAUCGAGGAGAAAAAAUCCCUGGAGGAGAUUAUGGAAUUCAUGAAGGAGGAACACAAGUUUGCACCCAGCAAACGUGCGUUCCAGACACAAUUUAAACGCUGGGAUUUCCCCUCCAAACAGAACCCCGCCCACAAGAAUGCAGCUCUCGUGCAACGCGUCAAGGAACUAUGGGACUGCAAUACGUCUCAGCGGGAUAUGCUCCGCACCCUGAACGACGAGGGCUAUGAUAUCAAGGAACGCGAGUUGAUGCGUGUUCGCGCGAAGAAUCGAUGGUUGCUGAGAGUUCCCAACGGAAUGAAGACAAAGAAGAAAGACUCAGAUCAAGAUGUCAUCAAUCAACUUCAACAGGCUCUCUACCCAGGCGAACAAAUGGCAGAUGCAGACGCAGAUGAUGAGCCAUUGGAAGACAUGUCCAUGCCACAAACACGGACGUCGCGGGGCGACUCGCCUCCUCUCAGUCCGGAAGUCAUGAGAAAGAGACAGGAGCGUCUAACAAAGCUUCAAGCCGAGUCUGCUGAGCGUUGGGCAACCAGAAAGCGUCGUCGUCGAACUCGAGGCUGGGCAGGUCUACCAGCUGAUCCGCCUGGACCUCCAAGAUUUCCUUCUGAAACGACUAUUGAUGAGAGCAAGGCUUUCUUAAGUCUUGACAACCGCCUCUACCGUGAUAUUCGCGCUCGUUUCCAACGAAUCUGUGAAGAAGCCGACAUCAUCAAGAAGACAAUCGCUGGUCCAGAACGCUGGGAGGCAGCUAAGGAUAGACUGGUGCAAGAGAGUCCACAUCUACAAUCUGUUUUCUGGGCAAACGAGGAUAAUCAAGAAGCCAAAAAACUUGCCUUGGAUGUUGUAUGCAGCGACGUAACGAAGAGAAUGAGAACACUGGAACGACGAAUGACCAUUGCAGAGGCCAAAAACUCACUUGGUGUGAACCCCGAGGAGUCUCGUCAAUUGAGAAAUGCUUUUUACCAGGUACUCAAGGCCGAUCACUUCACGAGUAAGCUCGAGGCUGGCGAGGAUCAUUGGAAAGAAUUGAAGGCAACCUGGAUCAAUGGCUCAGAACUGCUCCAGAGUAUUCUCGCCCCAGGAGAUGCCGAUCCCCAACAUCAGGAGAAGGUCAAGGCUAUGGAAGUCCUUUGCAGAGAUGUUAUGAAACGCCUCCGCGAUGAUCAGACCAAGCGCGAUCCAACUAGAAAGAAGAAAUUCGACUCCAACUUCACGGUCCCAGACGCUACUGACAUGAAUCCAUUUGAUAUGAAAGAUUUUCAGCCUGGUCCGGACGAAAGUCUGAUCCGAGCAGCUGCUCUUGCGCAGGCUCAAAGUCAAAUGCAGAACCAAGUACUUCCCCAAUCUCGAACACAAUCUCGAGGUCAAUCUGGACUGAAUCACACCCAGUCCCAGCAGCAAGCUCGCCAGCAGGUCAUGGUUGAUCACAAUGAUAUGCAAAUUGACCCGUCGCUCCUGCUAGCUGCUGCCAAUGAUCCUUCUCUGAUGAAUCGGGGGAUGCAAAAUCAGUUCGCUGACCAGUACGUUGACCAACAAUAUGCAGCUCAAGCAGCCCAGGCCGCCUUCCAACCUGCGCCGUCAUCAUUCCCCCUCUAUAUCCGUUUACAUCCCAAUUCUGAGGUCACCUCACAAACUAGAUUGUGGUUGGCCACCAUGAGUUCUACCUCGCUCGAUGAGCUACGACAGCUAGCCACAGUCAAGUUUCCUGGAACCAUCGCUAUUCGUAUCGAGGGAGUAAUCAAGCCGCCAAAUGGAAACGAGAUGCUUCUUCCAAUUGAUCAGGAUGACGAGUUGGAGGCUUACUUUGCAGCCAUCGGAGGCGUGAAGCCAAUGUUUCAAGUUCAACUGGUUGCUGCUUGGAAGAAUAAUGGCCAGAUGUAGACGAAUUAACGAUGAUUGUUUCUUAGUCAUGGCAGGCUGUUACCAGUCACAACAUGAAGGCGUUUUGGGUGGGAAAGGGGUUGACAAACUGUUCCUGGGACAUGGGGCGUUGGGGAGGUUCGGUGGAGUUUUUAGAGAUUUCUCUCACGAGGAUUAGCUUUUUGAGACGUGUUGAUAGCAUAGUAGAUUGCUUUUGUAAUGCCAUUGCCCAUGAUGAAGGAUUGUUUACUUAUGUGAAGCGAGACAGAAUGACGUGCGUAGGCACCUACGAACCUGUAAAUGAUCAUCUUACAUCGAGUCAAGUAGCUUGGGUCUAGAAUUUGAGGGCAGUAUUUCCCAUUAUAUAUACCAUAGUGCUCCAUUCAACGUGGAUUCCGGUCUUAAAUCACUAUCAGAUGAUGGAUGCGCG